ACUUUUAACUUUUUUUUUUUUUUUGGUGAUAAACUUUUAAAAUAUCUAAAUAAAAACAAACAUUAUAAUUUAGUACUAUAUACUCUCACAAAUUAUGUGAAGUGAAAUAGUAUAAAAUAUAUACACCAGCGCACAUGUCGUGCGUUUCCGACGAAUUGUGGCGUCGUGAUAUAUAGCAUUCCUCUUCUUCCUUCGUGACUUUGUCCCGAUUUCUCUUCCUCUCACGCCUUCAGAAACCCUAUCCUCAAACUUCUUCUCUCCAUACGGUGGUUGCAGAUCGGAGGUUUCCAAAGCUAGAUCGGAAGUUUCCAAAGCCAGAUCGGAGGUUCAAGCUCGAGACUAAGUUCGUGAGAGAGUAUUUUACACCCUUAUGUAAAAGGGUUGUCUCUGAUUUUUGUUUUGAUUUCUCUUUCGUUUGUGUUUUUUUUUUGUCAGAAAAAUUUGAUUUUUCACAUACCCCUUUUGAAUUUAAGCCAUGAUUUCAUCAUUGAGACAACCUAGUAUUGCGAUCAGUGGUUCUGAUGUUUUUGGGAAAAGACAUGCAACCCUAAUUCCACCACGAUCAUUUUUACCAUCUCUGGUUAGUGAAAAAUCACAUAGAUACGAUGUUUCAUUGAAAAAGCCUCUUCAUCUUGCAUGUAUUGGUGUUGGAAAUUUUGGUUCAGUGAAGAAUUUUGAAACAGAGAAGAGUUUUGAAAAGGGUGAUUUGGUUAAGUGUGGUGCUUAUGAAGCUGAUAGGUCAGAGGUUGAAGAUUCAGGAACACCAUCAGCAGCUGCAAAAAAAGUGAAAAUUGGAAUAUAUUUUGCAACUUGGUGGGCUUUGAAUGUUGUUUUCAAUAUUUAUAACAAGAAGGUUUUGAAUGCUUACCCUUACCCUUGGCUCACAUCAACUCUGUCAUUAGCAUGUGGUUCUCUUAUGAUGUUGAUUUCUUGGGCCACUAGGAUAGCUGAAGCUCCUAAGACUGAUCUUGAGUUUUGGAAGACUUUGUUUCCUGUCGCUGUUGCACACACAAUUGGACAUGUAGCGGCUACGGUUAGUAUGUCCAAAGUUGCAGUGUCAUUUACACAUAUCAUCAAGAGUGGUGAGCCUGCUUUUAGUGUUCUGGUUUCGAGAUUUAUUUUGGGUGAAACCUUCCCCGUGCCAGUUUAUCUGUCUUUACUUCCAAUCAUUGGUGGAUGUGCACUUGCUGCUGUGACUGAGCUCAAUUUCAAUAUGAUUGGUUUUAUGGGGGCUAUGAUAUCAAAUUUGGCAUUUGUGUUCAGGAACAUCUUUUCAAAAAAGGGGAUGAAGGGAAAAUCUGUUAGCGGAAUGAAUUACUAUGCUUGUUUAUCUAUCUUGUCCCUUGCAAUUCUUACACCCUUUGCAAUUGCCGUGGAAGGACCAGCUGUGUGGGCUGCGGGAUAUCAAACAGCUAUGGCUGAAAUUGGACCACAAUUCAUAUGGUGGGUAGCAGCUCAGAGUAUAUUCUAUCAUCUCUACAAUCAAGUGUCUUACAUGUCGUUGGAUGAGAUCUCUCCCUUGACAUUUAGCAUUGGAAACACCAUGAAACGUAUAUCUGUCAUUGUAUCUUCAAUUAUCAUCUUCCACACACCGGUUCAACCCGUCAAUGCUCUUGGAGCCGCAAUUGCUAUCUUCGGGACCUUCCUUUACUCACAGGCAAAACAAUAGGGACUUGCUUGUUAACAUUUUCUGUCAUUCUCAAACCUAUAAGUUGAUUUUGGAACAUGUGGCUGCUGGAUUUUUGUACGACUAGGAUGAUCCGGCUUUUAGUGCAUGUGUAGAUAAUAAUAAUAAUCAGAAUAAUGCUGUUGAGAAACAUGAUUAGUGAGAUUUUUGUUUUUAAAUUUCUGAAAUGCCAAUGAAUUGAAAUAAAUAUUCCUGUUUAUAGUCUGAGAAUAAUAAUUUCUCAAAACAUUGUUUACUAUAAAGGAUUUUUAUUUAUAAUA